CUUCCAAUAGUUGUUUUUUGACAGUCACUUUAUGCAGUAAAGGAAAAGCUUCUCUAUUUUUUGGAAUAUUUUUCUAUCAUUUUUGAACUUAUUGCAAUGACCUUGAAAUGCUGUCAAGUCAAUGGAGGCCUUUGAACAACUUCUGACACUCUUGAUUACAGUAUUCAGGUUGGAUGAUGAACAUGUCUUCUUGUGAAACAACUUUUGUCCCACAUGCAACAGGGCCAGAUUCUUUGUAGAGUACCAGUGCUCGUUAAAUUGGUUGUUUGUUUAAAUAGAACCUGGUUGUCAUGACUUGGAUGUUCCCGUGAUAAUGUAAGUGAGUGACUGAGAUGUACUGCUAAUGGAGUUCAUGUACAAUGUACUUUGAAAUCAACUUUUCCAAAGUCCAUGGAGUUUGGUAUCAAAACCACAGGUUAUCAAACCAUCUUUGGUCAGACUAGAUGAGUCAAAGUCAUAUGAUUUUUGUUGCACUUAACUUGGAAAUUUCCUCGUACUGAAUCAAGUUGUGUAUUUGUAACUCUGAAGUUUCACCAUGAAUUCRCUGCUGCUGAUUGUACUUUUAGUGGCUUCAGUGAAUGCAGGAUCAUUCAAAGUUGGUAUCAUCAAGUGUGCAUUUGGACCAUCAUAUUGGUGCAAGAACUACAAGCAGGCUGCAGAAUGUGAUGCCAUCCAACACUGCAAAGAGAAAGUCUGGAAGCUAAAAGUUUCAAAUGUCUUUUUAAUGGUGGUAAAGGACCCUUGCACUAAGUGCGAAGAUGUAGUGACUGUUUUGAAAAAUAAACUGACAAAUCCUACUUUCCAAAAAAAAAUAUUGGCAAAAUUGGAAGAAGUAUGUACAAGGUUGGGUGCCCAGCUUGCACCUAAAUGCAAAGCAUUCAUUGAGAAUUUUUUCAAAGAAUUAAAUGAGUUACUGUCUGACCCAAAGAAAGUUUGUACUAAACUUGGUUUGUGCAAAGCAUCAAAGGAAAAGAUAAUGGYRGUGUUGCUGGAGAAGGCUAUUGCUGAUAAGAUGAAGUCUUUCAAAGGAAUUGCUAUGAAGAAACCKACACUACCAUGUAUUCUUUGUGAAUUCAUUGCUUGGAAAUUGGAUAAGACCUUGACCAAGAAUGGUACUGAACAGGAAAUCAUAUUGGCAUUGGAAGGAAUAUGUGAGAUAUUYACAGGUCCCCCUGAACGUGAAUGCAAAGUGAUUAUUGAGAAAAAAGUACAAGCUUUUUUCAAGUUCCUGUCGCAACCAAAGAAAGUUUGUACUAAGCUUGGUUUGUGCAAGGCAAAGGAAAAUAUAAUGGAGGUGUUGCAGAAGGCAGUUGCUGCAGAUAAGAUGAAGUCUUACAAAGGAAGAAACAUGGCUCCAGAAAUCUCCCAAAAUCAAUUCCAGUCUGGGAAUUCCAGGCAGAGUGUAUAUUCUUUGUUGAAUGCAGGAUCAUUCAAAGUUGGUAACAUCAAGUGUACAUAUGGACCAUCAUAUUGGUGUGAGAACUACAAGCAAGCUGCGGAAUGUGAUGCCAUUCAACACUGCAAAGAGAAAGUCUGGAAACAAAAAAUAGUGCCAUUAAAGAAAGUCGAUAUAAAGGUCACUUGCACUGAGUGCAAACUUGCUGUAGAUGGUUUUAGAAUCCAACUGGCAAAUCCUGCUUUCCAAAAAGAAAUAUUGGCAAAAUUGGAAGGAGUAUGUGUGAGGUUUUCUGCCCUUGCACCUGAAUGCAGAGCAUUGAUUGAAAAAAAUGCACCACUUAUUUUCAAAGAAUUAAUAAAGAUGCUGAAUGACUCAACGAAGGUUUGUACUGAGCUUGGUUUGUGCAAGGCUUCAAAGGAAAAGAUAAUGGCUGUGUUGCUGGAGAAGGCUAUUGCUGAUAAGAUGAAAUCUUUCAAGGGAAUUGUUAUGAAGACACAUGCCUCUAGAGAUCCCCCAAAAUCAAUUCCAGUUAAGGCAUCAGCUGAGUGCAUUCUCUGUGAAUUCAUUGCUUCUAAACUGGAUCAGACCCUGACUAAGAAUUCUACUGAAAAAGAAAUCGAAGAUGCUGUAAAGAAUGUUUGCAGGUUGCUUCCAGCAACCAUUGAAGAUGAGUGCACCAAGUUUGUUCAAGAGUACUCUGCUGAGAUCAUUCAACUUCUGGCCCAAGAACUCCAACCAAAAAUGCUUUGCACAGCUUUGGGACUGUGUACCUCAAAAAGGAUGAAAACAUUGAAAAGCAAUGGUGAAAUUUGUGACAUCUGUACAACAGUUCUUACAUAUUUCAAGAAUCUACUGCAAGACAACACCACUGAGGGAGAAAUUGUUGAUGGACUCAAGGAACUUUGCGGUUACCUUCCUGAGCAAAUUAAAAGUCAAUGUACUGCUGCUGUAAGUCAAUAUGGGAUGGCACUCUUGAAGCUAAUUGCCUCUUCUGACCCAAAGACCUUGUGCUCUGAUGUUGGUCUUUGUACUUCAAAAGUGAAGAAAAUACAUGAUGCUGCAUUGAAAGAUAAAUGUUACUUUGGUGUAUCGUACUGGUGUGCAAGCCAUGCAAAUGCCAUUGCGUGUAAAAAAACAGCAUACUGCCUGAAAUAUGGAUGGUUGCAAAAGCAAUGAUCAUAAUGGAGACUACAUAAUUAACGCACUAAUAAUAGUAAUAUGACAUCUUUUAGACAUUCUACCACUCUACUAAACAAUAUUGCUAACUGUCAUUGCAAUCCAAUUGGGUACCCCCAAGGACAAGCAUUUGUAAUGAAAAUAUUAUAGGCACUCACAUAUUAUAGGCACUCACACAUUAUAGGUUCAUAAGUAUUAAUUGUAUUAAUGCAGCAUAGAGAAGCCCUGGGAAAUGACAUUAAGAGUGCUUUGCUGACUUUCUUUUCUUAUUAACAUAAUAAGUUUUAAUGCAAGUGUUUGACUAAUCGUUUCUUCAAAAAAAAUACAAAUCUGAACGAGAUAAAAAGAAAAAAUGGUAAAAUUAUCCAAUAUAUAUUUUACACAGGAACCCCAACAGGCAGUCAACAACGUGAGGAAGCUUUUGUUGAAUUUUUUUAUAAAGUAUAUAAUGUAAUGUAUGAUGCAUAGUGGCUAAUAAAGAAAUACAAUAAAAAUCAAUGUAUUA